AUGGAUUCUGACACUGGAUCCUCAUGUAGCCGCUCCUCAUCUCCAGACCUAGUGGUAAACGAUGCUGCCAGGAGCUUCUUCUCCAACAAGAUGUUCCAGACCUACUACAGAGAAAAUGGAGAAGACAACAAGGCUACCAAAAGCAGAAUGGAUGACGGCUUGACUGCGAAGCCCAAGGCCAGGUCCGAGCUCAACAGGGACGAGAUUCAAGACAUGAGACUGAAGGUCAACAGCCGGGAGAGGAAGAGAAUGCAUGACCUGAACCAGGCAAUGGACGGUCUGAGAGAGGUCAUGCCCUACGCUCACGGACCGUCAGUACGCAAGCUUUCUAAAAUCUCCACCUUGCUGUUGGCUCGCAACUACAUCCUCAUGCUGUCCAGCUCCUUGGAGGAAAUGAAGAAGCUUGUGGGGGAUGUUUAUGGAGGAAGUGCUACCAUCCAGAGUCGCUCUUCUGCCCUCUCUGCGAUGAACCCUACAACCCCCUCUGCACACCUCCCUCUUCAUCCUCUGGCCCAGUCUUUACACUCUCUGGUUGCUAGCACCCCUUUGACUUUCCAGCAUCACUCAACUUCUGCUGUAGCGCCAGCUCCACACUCCCCUCCUUCUUCCACCUUCCUAAGCUUUCAUUCUCCCAUCCAAGGACUUCUCAAGGACCCUCAUCACCUGUCUAGCACCUACAGACACCUCCCUGGCAUGCCUUGCCCCUGCUCCCUCUGCCAGCCUUUGCCCACCACUACCUCCACAUUGCAGAGCAUGUCUAUGACCAAGUGA